GCCAACGGCGGUCACAGCGCUUGCGCAAACAGCGUCGAUACUGAAGGUUGAAAAGCUUAUUUCGUGCUUCCCGUCCUCUCGUCCUAGUCGACUCGCACGUCCCGAUCGCGCUCUCUCCGCCAAAGCAGGGAAUACUCGCGUCCGUUGGGCGGGCAGCGCGCGGAUGCCGGCGCGGGAGGCCGGGGUGGGUGCGUCAUGGGAUCCGCGGGCGGGUGGCUGUGCGCUUCCCGCUCUGCUCUGCUCUUAUGGUCGUCGGCCAGUGGCGUGGUGGCGUGGCGUGGUGUGGUGGUGCGAGGCCCUGCGCGCGUCCGUCGACGGCCGGCGACCUGCGUCGGCCCUUGUCACGUCACAGCGAAACUUGAACCGGGAGAUUACCAUUCUGGGCGAAAAGUUGAGAAACGACGUGUGCCAUCGCUGUCGAACGCGUUUUUCGAGAUUCUUUGUUUUGCGCCUUCGGACUACCCGGGAUGUGUGCUCCCUCUCUAUUCCAGAUGAUUUGUGGCUUUACUACUC